UCUACCCCCCCCCCGACACCGCUGUCCUCCUCCUCCUCCUCUGCCCCCCCCCCGCUGUCCUCCUCCUCCUCUCCCCCCCCCCGACACCCUCCUCCUCCUCUCCCCCCCCCCGACACCGCUGUCCUCCUCCUCCUCCUCCUCUCCCCCCCCCCGCCGACACCGCUGUCCUCCUCCUCCUCCUCCUCUCCCCCCCCCCCGCCGACACCGCUGUCCUCCUCCUCGUCCUCCUCCUCCUCCCCCCCGCCGACACCGCUGUCCUCCUCCUCCUCCCCCCCCCCCCCGACACCGCUGUCCUCCUCCUCCUCCUCCCCCCCCCCGACACCGCUGUCCUCCUCGUCCUCCUCCUCCUCCUCCCCCCCCCCGACACCGCUGUCCUCCUCCUCCUCCUCCUCCCCCCCCCCCCCGACACCGCUGUCCUCCUCCUCCUCCUCCUCCUCCCGCCCCCCCCCGACACCGCUGUCCUCCUCCUCCUCCCGCUCCUCCCCCGGGUCCUGGCGCCCGGUCGCUUUGAAACACGAGCGAAUUGAGGAUGAUGUCCACCCGGAAUUGCUGGAGAAGCUCAGCAGCUCUGGCAACGUGUGA